AUGGAUAAAGAAUGGGUAUUUUUGCACAGGCGUAGUGAUGAAUAUUUGCUUGGUCUACGAGCUUUCAUCUCCCAUGCAGUGGCUGUUGCUGGGAUUGAUGGAAACAUCAAGUGUCCAUGUAAAGUUUGUGGUAAUAGACAUCAGAGAUCAGCUACAGAUGUUGAAGAUCAUCUACAGAUAAGUGGAAUGGAUGAUAUUUAUGCUAAUGGUAUCUGGGACAAGCACGGCGAGACGGUGCCUAAUGUAACUGAUGAAAUUCACCAUAUGUUUCAGAAUGAGGAUAUGUCCAGCUUGUUGGCUGAUGCCUUUGGGAUACAUAAUUAUAUGGCUGAACCUAAUGUUGUUGAUGAACAGUCCUCUCCUCCACAAGGGCCAACUCCCUAUGCUGCCAAGUUCUUCAAAAUGGUCGAGGAGGCCCAAACAGAAUUGUAUCCAGGUUGUGGCAAGUCAAAACUAUUAUUUUUGGUGCGUUUGUACCAAGUCAAAACUAUGUUUGGUAUGACUGAUUCAUGCUUGAAUGCAAUGUUGACCCUCAUAAAACAGUGGUUCCCAAAUGUGGAUUUGCCUGAAUCCUUUUACAAGGUGAAGAAGUUCAUUACUGACUUGGGUUUGACAUAUGAAAAAAUUGAUGCUUGCCCAAAUGAUUGUAUGUUGUACUACAAAGAACACGCUAAUGAUACGUCCUGCCAUGUCUGUGGAUCUUCUCGUUACAAGAGAGUUGCAGAUUAUGAGAAUCCAAGUCGUUCUCGAGUUCCUCAAAAGGUAUUACGGUACUUCCCAUUGGGCCCAAGACUUCAAAGACUUUACCUGUCACGAUAUACAGCUGAGUCCAUGAUUUGGCAUGUUGAACAUAGACCGAAAGAUGAUGUUUUGAGACACCCGGCAGAUUCCAAGGCAUGGGAGCAGCUUGAUAGUAUUGACCCAACAUUUGGAAGUGAAGCACGCAAUGUUCGCCUUGGUUUGGCUAGUGAUGGUUUUAAUCCAUUUGGCACAAUGAGUCAAUCUCACAGUACUUGGCCAGUUGUAAUGUCAGUAUACAACCUUCCACCUUGGCUCUGCAUGAAGAAACCAUACCUUAUGUUGUCUUUGUUUAUUCCUGGCCCUACAAGCCCUGGUAAUAAUAUAGAUGUCUACCUUCGGCCUUUGGUGGAUGAGUUGAAAAUUCUAUGGGAAGAAGGGAUACCAACCUAUGAUGCAUUUAAGAAGGAAGAAUUCAACAUGCGGGCUGCCGUUAUGUGGACCAUUAAUGACUUCCCAGCAUACGCUAUGCUUUCCGGUUGGAGUACUAAGGGAUAUAAAGCAUGCCCUCAUUGUGGCCAUAGUACCAAGUCUUAUUGGUUACCUAAUAGUCAAAAAUGUUGCUACCUAGGACAUCGAAGAUGGAUUCCAAUUCUGCAUAGGUUUCGGAGAUGGACAGUAGCAUUCGACGGCCACCAAGAACAUCAUUUACCCCCCAUUACCAUGACAGGUGCACAAUGUUUGCAAGAAUUAAGCAGUUUGAGAUUUCAGUUUGGCAAAAACAAAAAACAAUCAGAGAAAAACCCAAAGCGAAAGCGAUCAGCUGUGGAAAAGCCCUAUGAUGGACCAUGGAAAAAGCAAAGUAUAUUUUAUGAGCUGCCAUACUGGAAAGAUCUACUAUUGAGACACAAUCUUGAUGUGAUGCACAUCGAGAAAAAUGUCACCGACAGUGUGUUGGGGACCUUGUUGGCUAUUGAUGGAAAAAGCAAGGAUACCUAUAAUGCUCGUAUGGAUUGUGUGAAUCUUGGGAUAAAAAAAAAAUUGCAUCCAGAGAGUGAAGGGGCUAGACCUCCGAAGGCAGCCUUCAACAUGAAGACUGAGAACAUGACCAUGAUUUGUGAAGUAUUGGCUUCAAGUAAGCUUCCUGAUGGGAUGGCCUCUAACAUUGCUAGAUGUGUUAGAGUUGGAGAGAGAAAGUUAAUAGGCCUUAAAAGCCAUGAUAGCCAUAUUAUAAUGCAGUAUUUUCUUCCCUUGGCUAUCCGAUAUGCUCUCCCUAAAUAUGUUGCAAGGAUCUUUAUAGAGUUAAGCUCAUUUUUUCGCAACUUGUGUACUAAGCCUUCUUUGACGUCAUGA